GGCUUGGUCCCAAGAUCCCUGAUCAUAGAAGCAUCCAUUGGAAGCCAAGUCAUUCCCAUCUCUGGGUUGGGCUGGCUACUGCGGAUGGUGCUGGUACACUGCUACACCACACUGCACGACCUACCUAACUCUAACGUUAUACGACACCCGACUGCAGCUGUGCAGUGAUACGCUACGCUCCUUUAUUCACACCAUUUCGACUUAAUUCGGUUUGCAAUUCAAUUAAUUUUGUUUUAUUCUAUUCUGGCACCACUCAUUGAAACAAUCCGCUUGCAUCAUCUAUCCAAAGCCCAAGCUUAGGCCUUUUCUUUGUCUUUUACCUUACUGUACCCCCUCCCUAUCUACGCGGGUUUCUUCGCACUCAACCAAACUCCAGACGAUCAAGGUUUCAAGACCGCCCAUAGCGCUUCCGCCGAUUCGACUUACGCUCCGGACCCCGAAUAACCUCAAUAUUUUACUGAACGGCGAUAUCGUGCCCCCGAUGAAGCGAGCGGCCCUGGGCCAGCACAUCGCCAACUUCACGUGUUCAAUUUGGUAGCCGUUGGCAAACGUUUCCCCAGGCUCAUCGAACCCUGGCACCUCCUUUUUUCCUUACUGUACACCCCGGAUCAACACCAACACUACCUUCGAAAUACGAUUCGCAAACUAAACCCUCCGCUUCGACGACUGUCGCGGCCACGACCGCUCUGUCACACCUACCGCCGUCGCCGUCGCCGUCGCCAUGUCUGACAAGACGAGGCAGUCCUCUGGCGGCCGGUCUCUAUUCUCACGAAGUAAGCACAAAGACAAGCGCUUGACCGAAGAAUCGAGAUACCCCGCAGACGACGCCGCCAGUUUUCGCUCCUCGCGCCACAAACGAGAGUCGUCUGCCAUUUCGUUGGAUCGCCCAGAGUCUUCUGAUGGCGGGAUCAACCAGAUGGCAGGCGUAAUUACGUCGAUACCCUACGAUGCCGUUGGAGGUGGAUCACGCUCUCCCAUACCUGUCGAGUAUCUGCCCAAAGGCGAGCAGAUGCCAGUGCGCCGAGAACCUCUUCCACACCACCUAAACAAAAAUGGCCUGGACUUUCACCAAUACCCGAGCUGGGAUGGGACGUCGGCACAGUCUGGUGCCCAUUCCCCUGGGCGACAACCUCUUGGAUAUGGAUAUGGCAAUGUUACUAUGGCUUCAACGGGCCGUCAGACCCAAUAUCAGCAAUGGGGUCCGCCUAGGGGCAGCUCUUCCCACUCGAAUAAUCCUCCCAACCCUCGAUACGACUCAUAUAUGUCAUCUAACGCUCGGGGCUCAGCUGAUAAUCUGAGCAUUCAGUCAGCUAUGCCUAGUGCCUCUUCUCAAAGCUCUUAUGCUGCUUCUCAGCACUCGAACCGCGAUUCUCACCGGUUUACCAAAUUUCCGUCUGGCCCCCCUCCAGGACAAAGCGAUCCCCAGGGUGGUUUCUAUUUCCCAAAACCAGACGACGAUAAUGUGGUCGAGCAGAUGUUCCUCCAACUGAUGCAGAAGCGAGGAUGGCACAAUCUCCCUGAGCAGGCCAGGAGACAGAUGAUGGCCUACCCUGCCCAGAAGAAGUGGACGCUGCUCUAUCAGGAUCGACUUACUGAAUGGCAAGGUGAGCAGAAGCGCCGACAAACAGCACGCCCGAACCAGUAUACCGCGACUCCCGAUAUUACGACGUACUCAGACGAAGAGGGCACCCCUGAAUGGUAUGUGCGGCGAGUUAUGGAGGAUCGCCUUGACACGAAAGGUAUGGGAAGUUUGGAGGUCAAUUUGCGAACUCAACAAAUUGGUUGGGUCAAGAGAUUCGUCGAGUGUCAGGGACAGGUCGCUCUGAUGACCUUGCUGCUUAAGAUCAACCGCAAGACAGCACAGGGGCCAGCCCAGGAUAACACACGUAUCGACAAGAACCUUGAUCGCGAAUACGAUAUUAUCAAAUGUGUAAAGGCGCUUAUGAACAACAAAUUCGGCGCCGACGAUGCCUUGAUUCACCAAAAGGUCAUGGUAGCCCUUGCUAGCUCUCUUAUAUCUCCUCGCCUCACCACACGGAAGCUUGUCAGCGAGAUCAUAACCUUCCUAUGCACCUGGGGAGAGAAUGCCGAAGGUCAUCUGAAGGUCAUUCAGGCGCUGGACGAGGUUAAGACCGCAUCUGGAGAAAAUGGCCGAUUUGAUGCUUGGAUGCGUUUGGUGGAGGUCACCAUUGAUGGUAGGGGCAAGAUGGGAAGUUUGGUCGGUGCCAGCGAAGAAUUGAGGACUGGAGGUAUUGGAAUGGAGAACUUGCUUAUGGAAUACGCCGUUGCGACUCUCAUGCUCGUCAACAUGAUUAUCGAUUCGCCCGAGAGAGAUCUGGAGUUGAGGAUACACAUUCGAGCCCAGUUUACAGCAUGUGGUAUCAAGCGAAUCUUGACGAAGAUGGAGGAGUUUCAAUACGAACUCCUGGACAAACAGAUUGAACGGUUCAGAACAAACGAAGCCAUUGACUAUGAGGAUAUGCUUGAGAGGGAGAAUAGCAGUAUCAAGGACGAUGUCGAAGGCGAGGUCAAGGAUCUGACUGAUCCCGUUCAAAUUGCCGAUGCUAUUCAGCAGCGUCUUCACGGCACCAAGACCAACGACUACUUCAUUUCGGCUCUGCAGCAUCUUAUGCUCAUCCGAGCAAAUGAUGGCGAGGAGCGACUACGCAUGUUCCAGUUGGUCGAUUCCAUGCUUAGCUACGUUGCUAUGGAUCGGCGACUGCCGAACAUGGAUCUCAAGCAGAGUCUCAACUUCACGGUUCAAAGUCUCCUUGACAAAUUGCAUACAGACUCAGAAGCCAGGCAAGCCCAGGAUGAGGCUCUUGAGUCGCGACAAAUCGCUGAGGCCGCGAUGGCUGAGCGUGAUGAGAUGAAGGCUCAGCUCGAGCUGGGUGCUGAUGGGCUGGUUGCCAAAUUACAAAAGCAAUUGGACGAACAAUCUCGAUUCAUUGACGCUCAAAGAAGACAGGCAGACGGACUCAAAGCUGAAUUGGAUAGUAUGCAAACUAUGAGAGCCAAGGAAGCCCAGCGAUACGAGUUGGAAACAAGAGAGCUGUACCUGAUGCUUCGAGAUGCACAGGACGUAGCUGCUUCCAAGGCUAUCAAAAGCGCUGCUGCCAGCGCCAGCGCCAGUAGCAAGACAGCUGGCCCUGAAGACCCUGCUCGUAUGCAGGGUAUCCUGGAUCGUGAACGCCUCAUGGAACGGUUACAAAUGCAGAUCGAGCGGCAGAAGACACAAUACAAGCUUGAGGGGCGUGUUUGGGGAGAUGCUGUUGGACCUUCAGACCGUCUUCGAGCCCUGCGCGAAGAGAUGGACGACAGGCCUGGAACACCUCCUGGUGGCGGUACGCCUCCUCGGGACUUCACCAACAGUGUUCUGGGCAGCAUCCACCGCAAUACCAAGAUUCCACGCAAGCCCCUUAAGAGACGCUCUGAUGGUGAAGUGAUCGAUGAGGACGACGAGACUGAGGGUGAAGAUGGUGUCAUCUUCGAGAAGCCCAGAAUCGUCGAGAUGAAGCGACCUACGAUAGACCCCAAGCAGCAAGCUGGCUUACUUGGUGAGAUUGGUUCCAAGGUCAAGAAGUUCGAUGCCAGUGAUUCUGAAGAUGAUACUACCGGUCCUUCUCACCCUAGUAUGGAGACUUCAUCACCCAUCACUCCCCCAGGUGAUAGCGAAACUCCCAAAAUCGAAGUCACUGGUGCUGCUCCUCCGCCUCCGCCGCCACCUCCACCUCCUCCGAUGCCCGGUCAAAUACCCGGAGCUCCGCCGCCGCCGCCUCCGCCUCCGCCCCCCCCUAUGCCGGGCCAGAUUCCUGGUGCCCCUCCGCCUCCGCCCCCCUUGCCUGGCAUGCUGAUGCCAGGUGGUGGGCCUCCUCCUCCUCCACCACCACCUCCGUUACCUGGUGCUGGAGGUAUGCCCCCUCCACCACCGCCUCCUUUGCCUGGUGCUAUGUCCGGGCACUACUUGUCGCGACAACCCGCUUUCGGGGCUGCACCAAGCAUUGGCCUACCUGUUGUUCGCCCCAAGAAGAAGCUCAAGGCCUUGCAUUGGGAGAAGGUCGAUGCCCCUGAGACCAGUCACUGGGCGGCCCAUACACCCUCUGCCGAAGCCCGAGAGGAGAAGUAUCAGGAGCUCAGCAAGAAGGGUAUUCUCGACGAGGUUGAGAAACUGUUCAUGGCCAAGGAGAUCAAGAAGAUUGGUAUAGGAAGCUCUUCUAAGAAGGAUGACAAGAAGCAAAUCAUCUCUUCUGAUCUCCGCAAGGCCUAUGAAAUUGCUUUUGCCAAGUUUUCACAGUACUCUGUCGAAAAGAUUGUUCAAAUGAUCAUUCACUGCGAUCCAGAAAUUCUAGACAACACUGUAGUGAUGGACUUUUUGCAGAAGGACGACCUCUGUAAUAUCCCCGACAACACAGUCAAGCAAAUGGCACCGUACAGCAAGGACUGGACCGGACCUGAUGCCAAGUCUCAAGACCGUGAACUUGAUCCCUCGGAGCUCACUCGACAAGAUCAGCUUUACCUCUACACGGCUUUUGAGUUACAUCACUACUGGAAGAGUCGAAUGAGGGCUCUUGCUCUUACUAGAAGCUUUGAGCAAGAGUACGAAGAGAUUAACGAGAAGAUCCGACAGGUUGUUACAGUAUCUGAGUCGCUACGCGAUUCCGUUUCAUUGAUGAACGUACUUGGCCUUAUUUUGGAUAUCGGUAAUUACAUGAACGAUGCGAACAAGCAAGCACGCGGUUUCAAGCUCAGCUCUCUUGCAAGAUUGGGUAUGGUCAAGGACGACAAGAACGAGUCAACAUUGGCCGAUCUCGUGGAGCGUAUUGUACGGAACCAGUACCCUGAGUGGGAGACAUUUGCAGAUGAUAUCAACGGAGUCAUGACGGCACAGAAGAUCAACAUUGAGCAACUUCAGGCGGAUGCGAAGAAAUACAUUGACAAUAUUAGAAACAUUCAAAUGUCGUUGGAUUCUGGUAACCUAAGCGACCCCAAGCAGUUCCAUCCCCAGGACCGAGUGAGUCAAAUCGCCCAACGCAUUAUGAAGGAAGCCAGAAGAAAAUCCGAACAGAUGGAGCUGUACUUGGAAGAGAUGAUGAAGACAUACAAGGAUAUCAUGGUAUUUUACGGCGAGGACCCCGCAGAUGAUGGUGCCCGCCGAGAUUUCUUUGCCAAGCUGGCAUUGUUCGUGGGAGAGUGGAAGAAGUCCCGUGAGAAGAACGUGCAGGUGGAAGAGACAAGGAAGCGUAACGAGGCGUCAAUGAAACGGAAGCACACAGCACAACUCAAACUUACCAACGCCAACGCCGAGGCAGGACCCACGUCUCCAUCCAAUACCGGUGCCAUGGACUCCCUCCUGGAGAAGCUACGUGCAGCUGCGCCGCAAGCUCGGGACCAGAGAGACCGAAGAAGGCGUGCGCGACUCAAGGACCGUCACCAGGUCCGCGUUGCGUCAGGGCAAAAGAUUCCUGACCUCGACGAAAUUCCAGAAGUGGAAGCUGGCCUCAAGAACAAGGAGGAACCCACCGAAGACGACGGCAAAGUGCUCAGCCCCGGCCUCUCAUCACCUCGUGAAGGUGAAGACGACGUUGCCGAUAGAGCAGCAGCUCUUCUACAAGGCAUGCGUGGUGGUGAUGGCGCAGAUGACAACGAUCCCGAGAGGAGAGAAACCCUUCGAAAAGCCAGACGGCAAACAGCAGAGGAAGAGAGAAGGCUACGAAGACGGCGAAGAGAAAGGGCGACUACAAAUCAGUCAGAAGAGAACCCCGACGAGCAAAAGGAAGAACUCAGGGAAGAGUCAAAAGUAGAAGAAGGAGAGGCGGCCAAAGAGCCACCGAAGGAAGAGGAAGCGCCUAUAGAAGAUGAUGUUCCAACACCCAGAGCAGCGACUACCAGCGACGGUGCCCCAGAAGAAGAGCAAGGGGAAAAGGCAUAGGCAUGGCAUGGCAUGGCAUGGCAUGGCACAGGCACGAGGAUGAGAUGGAUGGGCGGUGUUUGUGAUUCGAGAUGCAUACUGAUGGUGUUGGGAACUGUUUAGGGGUGGAAAGAUCGCGUUUGUAUGUAUUGCACGCGCUAUACGUAAUGUCUACACCAACACAUACAGUGGAAGAGAGAGUACUUGAACAAUUUGUGUGUCAUGGUGAUCUUGAUAUUGCAGUACUGGUCGCAAGUGACAGUCAGAAAUUGAGUACCCUGACUCAGCUAGGAGUGGCUUUACCUAGCGUAUUUCAACCCAAGUUCUGCCUUUGAGCAAGUCCCUGUCCAUCUGAUAUGACCCAAAAAGCGUGUAGGUUGUCCAUGCUGUUCAGACCCGAUCGCAUACAGGCGCUUGUGACCUUUUCAUCCCUGACCUUGUAACUCAAACCCUCCUCGACAGUGUUGUCCACCGUUCAACUGUCCUGAAGUCUUUUCCACCCAAGAUUUCGUCCUCCCAUCGUGAUUCAGGGUUUCCGUUGACUUUCCUUGUCGCCACCCAGUCGCUCCUUGUUCAAUGUUUCGUCAGGGAACGGCGAAUAGACUGCCGAGGCGGCAGAAACCACCAGUGACAUGACCCAUGAGACCAAUGCAUACUUCUUGAACAAGAACAGAGCAGUCUUUCAAGAGAUGGUAGAAGUAAGCGGCGCGUCCGACUUCGAGUGCCAGAAACGAGAGAAUCGUAAAGAAUCGAACAUGACCCUGAUAAAUGUCCGGAGAUAUCUCACGCAAGAAGAAAAUGAAGGUGAGUAUACUGAUGGACCAGGCCGUGGUCAGAAUGAAACGCCGACUUGGGUCAUCACGAGCUGGCCACAGGGCCAAAAUGUACCACCACCAUUUGCGACGAGGCUUACGAAGAAGGUCAUCACGGGCUGGCCAUAAGGCCAUAGCAUACCACCACCAGCUGUGACAAGGCCUAUGGUAAGGGUGCUUGUCAGCGGCUGGCCGGGGAGCAGCUUCAGCUACUCUGUUCACGGCCGAUCGACCGGCAUGAUUUCCGCGUCUUGAUCGUAUAAGCUCUUCUGGUGUAGGAGUAGCGGGUCCACAUAUCCAGUUCCGCAAGGUGGUGAGAACUAUAUGGAUGGCUGUUAUACUGAGUACGACACCCUCAAAAGAGCAGAAGAUACUACAUGGCGUAGGGAUGGCCAUGGCGAAACCGGUGCAUAUGUUCCGCUGAAGCUUGUACUGGCUUGUGAAAAUGGAGGAUUUCGUAGUAAAAGUUGAAGAAAUAGGCAGUCUUGGGAUGGUCGAAGUUAAGCCCAGAACAUGCAUUGAUGUGAGAGUAAUGCGAUAGAAGAACGAGAAAGUAGGGCUGAGAAUGCAUUACACAUGCAAAAUAACUGUAAACUUUGAUGUUCCACACAAUUAUUAUACCUCUGCGCUCGUUUAGCAGGAAAACCCAUACGCCAAUCCAGUUUACCUUUACGGCACAACCUUAAAAGUGCCAAUUGUCCUCACGGAGAUCACAACUCGUACUGCAUCAACGCCGUCUAGCCAGCAUGCUCAGCGUGAUGGACUCAAAGGCCGAUUGAAUCCACCGUUCCUGUUCAUGUACUGACGAUACUCCGUCUUCUUCUCUUUGUGCACACCACCAGCAUUGUUGCCUGAAACCUUCUUGUUCUUGGUCGUU